AUGACACUAAAUAAACACAUAAAAGAAUAUUUGAUCAGGGGCCAGGGCUACCCCUUUGAGCAGCACGACGUGGUCACCGAAGACGACUACGUCAUCGAGAUGCAUCGGAUUCCCAGGGGUCGAAGGCCGUGCCCGGAACCCUGCAGGCGCGAGCCCGUCUUCCUCAUGACGGGACUGCUGGCCGACUCGGCUUCCUACGUCAUGGACUACCCCAGCCAGUCUCUGGGCUUCGUGCUGGCGGACAACAAUUACGACGUGUGGCUGGGCAACAUCCGCGGGAACACGUACGGCAAGAGGCACAAAUACCUCGAUCCCAAAUCCAGAGGGUUCUGGGACUUUUCCUAUCACGAGUUUGGCGUGUACGACGCGCCGGCCCAGGUGGACUAUAUCUUGCGACGCACCGGGAGAAAAAAUCUGCUCUACGUGGGCAUGUCUCAGGGAACCCUGAUGUUCUUCACCAUGCUUUCUGAGAGACCAGAGUACAACGACAAGGUGAGAGUGUUUGCGGGACUGGCACCCUUUAACAACCUCGCUCACAUCAAGGUGAUGUCUCUGGUUCUCGUCGCUCCGUACGUCGAAGGUUUUCUGAAAGGCGCGUACGCCGGCGGCAUGUACGAGGUUCUACCCCGAAGAUUUCCCAUCGUGGCCCGCGUCCGAAGGCUGUGCGCCUUGAGAGCGAUGAGAGGAGUGUGCUCGUACUUCGGCGACAGCUUCGGCAACCUGGGGAGCCGCUAUAUCAACCAGUCUCGGCUGUCCGUCUACCUCUGCCAUGUCCCUGCCGGAACAUCGAUGAAAAACGUCAUUCACUACGACCAGCUGGUGAAGUACAAGAAGGCGCAGAAAUACGACUACGGCCGCCGCCUCAACCGAAAAUACUAUGGCCAGCCUACGCCUCCCGAGUACAGGCUGGACACCGUGAGGACGGACGUGGGCGUCUUCUGGAGCCAGGGUGACCAGUUCGUUCCGCCCGAAGGCGUCCGCGAGCUCGUCCGCCGGCUGGGACCAUGGGUGAAGAAGAACCACUUCAUCGACGACCCGCACUACACACACGUCCACUUCGUCACUUCCGUCAUCAAUCAGAGGUUGCUCUACAAGGACCUGCUCGAGUUCCUGGGACGCUACGUCAGUUGA